ACGCCAAAUGCAACUGCGACUGUGGACGACGAGCUCGGUGACUGCUGCUUCCGCUUCCGCUCGAUCCCUCACGUUGUCGACCACCUCGUCCGCAAGCCAAGUCCGACCGUCCGCUGCUUCGUCUGUUGCGUCUGUUGCUUCUGUUGCUGCCAUUGGGUCUGUCUCUGUCGGUCGCACUGCUGCAAGGGGACGGCUGCUGCCUUCGAUUGUCAUGGCCCAACGGCCGUUUACUGCAGGAUCCACCGCUGCUGCUGCCACCGCUGCCACCGCCGCCGCGUCCAUCGCCAGUGGAUCAACUGCGCAGAUACUCAUGCACGUUGGAUCCGCACCGAGCGUCUCGCCGGCGGCGACGCUCAUCCGUCAGCAUCAUGCUGCUGCUGCCCAACAACAACCAUUGCUGCAUUCGGCCACAGCCCAACGGCUGCGUGGUCUGGUGCCUGCGCGGUCAUUCUCAAUGCUGAGUGCUGCAAGUGCAAACGUGGCAACCGCCGCAGGGGCCGCGAUACUCUCCAUCGACGACGUGACCAUGCCGCUGACCGAUCCUCUCACCCCCGAGUUUGUCCCGCUGCACUACAUUCAAGAGCGUGUGCGCCUCACGUCGCCUACCAUGGCCGACCAUUUGCGCUGGAUGAUGCAGAAGGAUUUGCUCGGGCAAGACAUGUUUCUCAUUGGACCUCCAGGGCCGUUGCGCCGGAACUUGGCCAUGGUCUACUGCGAGCUGACUCGGCGAGAGGUUGAAUACGUUUCGCUCUCCCGCGACACCACCGAAAGCGACCUCAAGCAACGUCGAGAAAUCCGGUCAGGCUCGGCUCAUUACAUUGAUCAAGCCGCAGUGUUGGCUGCCGUCCACGGCCGAAUCCUCAUCCUCGAGGGCAUCGAAAAGGCAGAGCGCAACGUGCUCCCCGUCCUCAAUAAUCUUCUUGAAAAUCGAGAAAUGCGCUUGGAGGAUGGCCGCUUCCUUGUGGCGCCGCAGCGCUACGAUGCGCUUCUGAAGGAACACUCCAAAGAAGAACUGGACAAGUGGAAGUUGGUGCGUGUGUCCGAACGCUUCAGGGUCAUUGCACUCGGAUUGCCAGUACCGCGCUUCCAGGGCAAUCCACUGGAUCCUCCACUUCGCUCUCGCUUCCAAGGCCGCGAUGUCCGCCUGGUUUCCUUUGAUGCCGCGCUCGAGUAUGCCGUGCUGUCUGCGCAACGAGCCCUGCACGCGCUGGCCACUCACCAAACCGUCGCGCAAGGUCUCCGCGAAUCUACGGCGUCCAGUUCUCCUGCAGAUGAAUUGUCACACAACAGCAGCACUUCAAUUCCUACGGCACUGCCCGAUCUUCCGGCAAACUUGCAAGCGCGCAUUCGCUCUAUUGUCGCGCUGGGUACCGUUCUUCGCACCCUGGAGGGCUCUGGUUCGUUUGAAAUUGCUGGUGCUGCCGAAGCCUCAGCCGCACUCAACAACAAGCUGCCAGAUCGCCUGCCAGAAUUCCCAAUGGACUCGAUCAACUCGAUUGCAAACCUGCUGGCUCUGUUCCCCGCCCUGCCCACCGCGGAAUGCGUGCACAUUAUUUAUCCGUUCACGCUGAUUCUGGGUGCUGAGGCGCAACAGCUCGUGUUGGACACGAUGAAGCGCUUAAAAGUCGGUGGCCGUGUCCUUACGGGCUACCGGGCCGGUGCUCGCUCGGCCACCCACACGGCUGACUCGACGGUGAGCAUCAAGGAUCCGUACAAACUGGAAACGGUUGAACGCCUCCUCCCUGGCAGCGCUACGGCAGGCCAGGUCCCUGUCACGCGUGUCAGCUUCCAGCUUGACUCGGCUGCAGUCUCCUCGCUGCACGACGACUUUGGUUCAAGCGAUGCUCUUGGGCCGAUCGAUGCGCGCUUCCUGGGAGGCCAGCUGCCAGUCGUCCCUGCGGCGCCCGUGCAACGGCUGGAGGCCAGCUCGGACGGGUCGAUGCCUACCCUGGAUGCUGGCUUUAUCGAAGUUCCGUACCAUCGCCACGUGCUGCUGUCGCUGCUCCGCUCCCACGCCGUGUCUGACAUUUGCCUGGUUGGUGGAAAGGGCGUGGGCAAAUCGCUCUUGGUGCGCCAUCUCGCGACUCUGCUGGGCUACGAAGUCGAGCCCAUCAUGUUGUAUCAGGACAUGACUGCGCGAGACCUGCUUCAGCAGCGCACAACGCUUCCCAACGGCGACACUGUGUGGAACUUUUCGCAUCUCAUCAACGCUGCUCUCCACGGUCAUUUGGCCGUUCUGGAUGGCAUCCAUCGACUCAACGCCGACACUCUCGCCAUGUUGCAGCGUCUCGUGCAGGACCGGGACAUUGUGUUGCACGACGGCACGCGCCUGCUGCGUCACGAUCGCUUUGACGAGCUGUGUGAGCGGCGCAACCUGACGCCUGCACAGCUGAACGAUCGCGGGGUGCGUCGCAUCCACGAAUCCUUCCGAAUUAUCGCUCUGGCUGAGCCAGUCAAUCUGCCAGGCGUGACGACCACUGCUACCGCGCUCUUGGCUGCCGCCAAGCAACAAGAACAACAGUCCCAGCAGAGCACGCCCCCGCUGGGCCAACGUGCUGCAGACCCAGCCAAACCGGGUGCGUCAGGAUCGACACCCGGCGCUGGGAAAAAGUGGCUCAGUCCAGAGACGCUCAGCAUGUUCCACUUUUACGCGCUUGCGCCGCUCAAUCCAGUGGAAGAAGCCCAGGUCAUUCGCGGCAUGGUUCAUCAAAGUCUCAGCCCCGCUGUGCUCGACAAGUUGCUCGACUUUGCCCAUCGGUUGCGCUCAACCGCCACCAACCACACCGUGCUGUCCCUGUCCGCUUCCUUGUCUACCCGUCAGCUGGUCCGUAUUUGCCGCCGCUUGGCCAACUAUCCUGACGAGAGCUUGUACGAGGCCAUCCACCGCGCGUGCAUGUCCCGAUUCCUGCCGCAGCUCGCCCGUGAAACGCUGGAGCGACUUCUUGAGGCCGACAACAUUCGCCCAGCUGCCGCCCACAGCCCUGCCGAGGCGCCGUCGUCGGCAUCGGUCGUCGCGCCGUCUGGCCACCAAGGUCGCCCUCCCGUCGAACGCCAUGUCGUCACUUUGCCCGACGGAAAACAGGUUCAAAAGCUCCGCAUUGGGACCCUUGAAGUCGUUCUCGACCAAAACCUCUUCCGCACAACCGAUCAGCUCGCCCACGGAAGCGUAUCGACCUCGACCAACGCGCUGGAAACGCCUACCUCGUCCGGCCGCGUUCUUGUGCCAGACGUGCUGUUCUACGACAAUCCUCAGCACACUCGCGUGAUGGCGGACAUGCUGAAGGACCUGCUUCUUGGCGAAAAUCUGCUGCUCGUCUCCAACCAAGGCACAGGCAAGAAUAAGGUGACAGACCGGCUCCUCCAUCUUCUUGGACGGCCCCGUGAGUACAUCCAGCUGCAUCGCGACACAACCGUGCAGACGCUGACCCUGCAGCCAACCAUCCGGGAGGGUGUGAUUGAGUACGAAGACUCGCCGUUGGUUCGGGCCGUCAUGCUUGGACACGUGCUUGUCGUGGAUGAGGCGGACAAGGCGCCGACGCAUGUGACGUGCGUGCUGAAAGCCCUGGCAGAAAGCGGCGAGAUGGCCCUGGCCGACGGCCGCCGCAUCGUGUCCCGCGCCGGAUUGCGGUACCGCCAGCACGGCGACACGAUUGAUCCCAUGUUCAUUCCAAUGCACCCUGACUUUCGAAUGAUUGUCCUGGCCAACCGACCUGGCUUCCCAUUCCUUGGCAAUGACUUUUUCGCAGCGCUUGGCGACAUGUUUAGUUGCCACGUCAUGGAAAAUCCCGACACCCCCUCCGAGCUCGCCAUGCUCCGUCAGUACGCUCCGAAUGUCUCGGAAGACGUCCUGCGUCGUCUCACUGCGGCGUUCAAUGACCUGCGACACAUGGUGGACGAAGGCCAGCUGACCUACCCUUACUCCACUCGCGAGCUGGUCAAUAUUGUGCGCCAUCUCGAAAAGUAUCCGGACGAAGGCAUUGGUAAUGUUGUCCGGAGCGUGUUCGACUUUGAUUCGUACGAUCCUGAACUCCGACAAACGCUCGUCUCGACGCUUCAACGCCAUGGCAUUCCCGUCGGUGUUCGCGUGACCAACGUCAAGAUUUCCUCCGAACAUCCACUUCCUGCGCCUGUGUCGCUUUUUACCGCGAGUUUGGACUUGUCCGAUGGAACCCAGCGGCGUUCGUGUAUCGUGAAAACUGAACGCAUUGCCAUCAAGGGACCGUUGCGCGUCAGCGGCACCAAAGCUUUGCCGUUCGAUCACGUGCGGGAGGCUCGCACACAGGCCUUUUCGGAGAUUGUGCGGGAAAUGACCAUCGAUCUCAUGCAGCCCAACCGAUUUUGUGCCAUUGCCGUCUCUCCUCAUAACGGCACCGUGCAUACCAUUACAGACAACCCCGUUGGUCUGUAUUCCUUCCCUUGCUUGCCAGAGCAAAUUACGGCUUCGGCCACGGCAGCAGGCACGCUGCCCAAUUCGCCAGCGGCCGCCGAGCAAUUGGCGACAUCCACCACGUUGCGGGUCUCUGCCAACCACUUUUCUCACAUGGACCUGUACGACCUGUAUCCGUUCUUUGGCGCUCGGGCCGCGCGCGAGCUCUCGAUGGUCGCCUUGGAUGGCGCGUUUGCUGGUUGUGUCUUGAUUCUCGAGCGCAACGAAAUGUCCUUGUCGCUUGUUGCGCCGCACCUCGGCACUGUUCACACCUUGUCGUUUGACUCGCCCUUGCAAGCCAGCUUUGGCCGAAUGGCACGGUUGCGCUCGCUGCUCAAUCCCGCGCGUCCUGGAGGCACGAACGCCGAGCCCAUGGCUGCGGCCACGCUUGUGAGCACGCUCGCGGCAUCGCACGGCCUGGUUGCUGUGUAUCGCGCCGGCUUGCCACAUAUGGAUGUACUUGACCUGAUUGGCAAUGAGGUCACGUCCGUCGAGCUGCCGAGCAAGUUGGUUCGCGUGGACGUGCUGUACGACAAGAGCGCCAACAGCGCUCCCGUCUGGUUGGUGCGGUGCGAUCGUGACGCUGACACGGCCGAGCCGACCGACUACAUCCUGGACUUUGCGCAGCUGCAAAAGCGCGAUCGACGCGUCAAGAUGCACCCCCUCUUGUCGCCCAUUGCUGUUGCCCCAACCCCUGAGGUACUGCUGCCCGCCAAUCCGUUGCAUGCGCGCAGGGUCACCAGCCAUCUGCCCGCAGCGCUUGCUGCAAAUGUGAUUCUUCACGCCACAGGCACAGCCCCCUCGGCAUCCAGUGCCUCCGUUGGUCCUGCGCUUGUUUCCCUGGACGACAGCAGCUUUGUAUCGACAGUGGUCUUUGGCGCUGCUUCCGGAAGCAAAAAGGCCACUCGCUUCAGCGCCACGAACUGGACGUACUUGCGGGAAUCUUCGCAGCCCAGCACGGCUCAGCUCGUGGUCGAUCUGGCAUCCCUCGAAGCGGCUCGCUCUCCUGCGACAAGCUCGUCGAUGCUGGCGCUGACAGCCGCUUCUCGCGACGGACUAGAAGUGCUCGAAGCCGUCGAUUUGGCCAGGCAAAGCUAUCGCGAGAUUGACCUGUCUCGCAACGAGUCAGACACUGGAAAUCGCUUGGACAACUCGACCACGCGUGCGCUGGAAGACCGGAUUGCUGUUCGCAAGGUGCUGCGCGACGAAUCGCCGGCUGGGAUGCGCGUCGUUGGAAUGGCGACCCUGCCGAACGGUUGGGUGGCUGCAUUGCACGCCGACGGUUUGAUUCGUAUUGUCGAGACCGAUUUGGCGUCACUGGAGCGGUCGCUGCACACGUGGCGUUUGAUGGUCGGCCGCCCCGCAGAAGAGCGCUCUCGCGAAGUUCGCAUUACGAUCGACCGACCGAGCGGAAAGGACGUGACCAGUCCCAAGCAUGGCAAGGUUGAUCCCAAGAAUGAGCCACAUGUUGGCGGCAACCAGUGGGCCGGUGGCACGGGUGGGCGAGACACGGCGGGGCUUGGCGGCAAGGGUGGACCAUACCGUUUGGAUGCGGGGCACACGGUGCACCAAGUUCCGCAAGUCGAGAAGGACGCCGUGCCCCCGGAAGUGUCUGCCGCAGCUCGUGAGAUGGGCCGGCAAGCCUUUGAGAAACGCCUGGCCGAGCUCAACAUGUCCGAACACGACGCGGAGCUGUAUGAAAAGUUUGCCAUUCGCGUGCGCAAGGAGGUCCGCGAGCUGCGUGUCACGCUGAAUAGCGUCGAGGCGAAAGGACAAGAGCGCGUUUGGCUCAAGAACCAGACGAUGGGCGACAUUGAUGAUAACCGCCUGAUUGAAGGCCUGACUGGGGAGAAGAACAUUUACCGUCGUCGUGGUGAGCAGCUGCCAGAGCCAGGCGCCCCGCAGCAGCAUCCCAAGCGCAUGCGCUUUGUCAUGGACGUGUCCGGUAGCAUGUAUCGCUUCAACGGCUUUGACGGUCGUCUGGAUAGGAUGCUUGAGGCCGCACUCAUGAUCAUGGAGAGCUUUGCAGGGUUUGAGCACAAGUUUAGCUACGAACUCAUCGGACACUCUGGGGAUGGACCUGACAUUCAGUUUGUGCCCAUGCAAGACGCUCCCUCUCGCUCCUCCUCGUACGGUUCGACCAAGAAAUCCACCUCGUCUUCGACCGGCAGCAGCUUGGAAGAGCAUGGCAGCCGUGGGAAAAUGCCAAAGACAGACAAGGAUCGGCUGCGCAUUUUGCAGACGAUGCAUGCACAUGCACAGUACUGCAUCAGUGGCGAUCACACGUUGGAGGCCACUCGACUGGCAGUCGACACGCUCGCCAAAGUCGAAGAAGCCGAUGACCGACUUGUUGUCGUCCUGAGCGAUGCCAACCUCGACCGUUAUGGCAUCCGCCCUUCUGUCCUUGCCAACGCCAUGAAUGCGCAUGAAAAUGUGAAUGCGUUUGCCGUGUUUAUCGGGUCUCUCGGGGAUCAGGCUGACUUUUUGGCCAAGAAUCUUCCUCUGGGCAAGGGUUUUGUUUGCAUGAACACUGCCGAUAUUCCAAAGGUCAUGAAGCAGAUCUUUACCACAACCAUGCUGCAGUCGCGGCUGUAGUUCUCUAUCAACGUUGUACUGGUGUUGGUUUGGCAGAUGGUUUCAUGCUAUUGUUGUAUUUCCAAUCCAACACGUUUUUUUUUUGUUUGGUA